AUGUUCGGAACUAAUGGAAGUGCUGGAAUCGCUGUUACUGAUCCAACAAAGCAAGAGGAGAUCUAUCGAGCCCUGGAGACACUUAAAAAAGACGAACUAGGAUGGAAGAAGUCAGUAGAAUCGUUCAUCGGUCCACACAAGCCACCACCAGAAGAGCAGUUUCUUCUGCUACAAGUAAUCGAAGACUUUCUCAACAAACGAUAUCACUCCUCAAAUUCACAAGAUGUUGCCAUCAUCAGGAAUUUCUUGCUUCAUUAUACUAAAACUUCCCGAAGUUCGCCUGAAGAUCAGCCAGUCUUUUUAACAAACAAAAUGGCUCAUAUCUUCUCCCUUGUUUUUGCUGCAGAUUUUCCAGAGAGGUGGUCAACAUUUUUCAAUGAUCUUUUCUUCAAUGACAAUAUCACUGAUCGUAAAGUUGCGUUCUUCUACCUAAAGGUCCUCCUCGCUGUUGACGUUGAAGUUGUUAACCGAGAUAUUCAACGAACCAAAUUAGAAAGUGAUAGGAACAUCAAAAUAAAAGAUGCCAUGAGAGAGAUUUGCAUAAACGAAAUUGCAAAAAGUUGGUUGUCUAUUGCAAACUCUCUGUCGGGAGAUGAUGUCAUUCAGUGUCUUAUCCUCGAAAACAUCGCUUCAUAUGUCGAUUGGAUUGAAUUGGAUCUUGUUGCCAAUGAUUAUGUCAUGACAUACAUUAUCUCGAAAUUCCAAAAUUCAGCGACUUCGGAGGCCGCUACAUCCGCGGUUUGUGGUCUCCUCGAGAAAGGAAUGCCAGCUGAGAAGAAAGUUGGAUUAGCAUUGACAAUCAUGGCGGUUCUACGGAACAGUGGCCUUUUAACAGUCAACGAUAAUAACGACGAAGAUGAAGUGACACGGGUCGGAUCUCUAGUUAACACACUUGGAUUAGUUCUUCUGGAUGUUCAGAACAAAUUGUGUGCCAGCUCGAUUUUGGAGAAGGAACAAUCAUGUUGUGUACAGGAGAUGGCUGGUCUUGCAGAGUCAGCAAUUGUAGUUCUCAACAACGAGGAUCCAGAUUUGAGCUGCUUGUGCGUUGACUAUAUCAGAGCGUACGCCUCAUUUCUCGUCAAGUUUCAUCCAAAUGUCAGAGAAGACAGACAACAAGAUUUUAUUGAAAAAAUAACUUUUCAGGAUACGAAUUUUAUCGAGAAAGUCAUUCGAACAGGACUGCUACGAUAUGUUAUGGGAGAUGAUUUGACAGUUGGAGGGGAUGGUGAAGACGAGGUUGAAUUCCAGGAAUACCGCAAAGAGCUUCGCUCCAUGCUCAACGUUAUUGGGUUGAAACGGCCAGAAGCUAUUGUGAACGCCAUUGAACCCUGGACGGCGGAAGUGACAGCCGGAGGAUCAUCUAUUCCAGUCAACAGAAUUGAAGCCCUUCUCAAUAUUAUUUUCCAUUUGCACGAAAUUAUUCCAAGUAACAUGCUCCAAACUCCACGAGAAGGAAUUUCUCAACGGGCAGCUCGUCUUCCAAUUGUCAUUUUGGAAGGAUUGGUUCUAGAUGGAAGGUGUCCAGCAGUCCAUGUUCUGUAUUUCGAGCUUGCAUGCCGAUAUGAGAGGCUUCUUGUCCUCCAAAACCAGCCGGUUACCAUAACUCACAUUGCUGGAGCAUUCCUUGACCAACGUGGAAUCUCAAUUCCAUCUGCGAACGUUCGGACAAGGAUCGUUUACCUCUUCUGUCGAUUUGUGAAAUCUCACAAAACUGUCCUUGGACCAUUAGUAUCAGAAGUGAUUACUCGUCUAGCACCUCUCCUCGCAGUCUCUCCACAAUCGGAAGCCAAUCAAUUAUUGAGUCCAGACGACCAGGGAUACAUUUUCGAGUCUACUGCCACAUUGAUUGUGUUUGGAGAUCUUAGUUCGGAAAUGAAAUCACAAUAUGUUGGAGAAUUAGCUACAACCCUUGCUAUGAAGUUUGAAAAUGGUCUCGUCGAGUUAAAUGCAGCAAGAGCUCGAAAAGCAGAUGAGGAGACGAUUCAAUCAAUUUUGCAGUUCAUGGCUAAUAUAAUUGGAUAUAGCAGUCGAAUGUCAAAAGCUUUUAACAAUGCACAAUCGAUGAAAGCCUGUAACUGCAUCGAAAUCUACCUCAAGCUUGUGAAAUUGUUUGUUGAAACACUUUCUCCAGAAAAUGCUUUUCUUCUCGAAUCAACACGUCAAUUUGCUCAUCGUCUAGUGGUAUCCAUGGAAGAAGAACUGAUGCCUUACAUGAGCGGAAUUUUUGAUAAACUGGCCCUAGUCUCAACAGACCUUGAUUCAAUGCAUCAUUUACUGAUUUUCUGUCAUCAAACAGUGGCCAAAUACAAGAAGGCAAUGCUAACCAGUGGAGUCGAUCUCGGAAAUGUGUUGGCUAUUGCUGCAAGAGCUUCUCUCCAAGAACAAGAAAACAAUGUUCCUGCCAAAGACGAUAGUCAGCGCGCUCUACUAUACGUCCAACGAGCAUUCGUUCAACUGCUCUUCACAGUCAUCGUCAGUGAUUGCACUCCCGCCCUGAAUAAUACUCCAGGACUAAUCGAUCAUGUUCUUGAAGCUGCUGCUCGGUUAGCGUUAUCAUCCGAUCAAACCGCUCAAAAAGUUGCAUUAGCGAGUCUUACUAAAAUCUCUCCAAUCAUUCCGUCUUGGUCAGCAAGAACUCUUCGUGUCGCUCUGGAAAUUCCCUCCCUUCCUCACAUCACACCAUCAGAUGCUGGAAGUACGUUAGUGGUCCACGAGGUGUGUGCUACGCUGACAAGUCUGCAUCAAUCUGAUCCCGAUGGUUUUUCUCGUGCGCUUCGAGAACUAGUUCCCAAUGGAUUUUCCGACGAAUUGCUCUCAGCACUGAACACCUUAAAAGGGAAGAACUUGGAUAAACAGGUUAUGAACCUUUAUGCUUCACUUAAAAAUCAAACAUCCCAAUGA